UUGUUCUUAUCUAUCUAUCUAUUCUUGGUUUAUUCAUAUCUAUCUAUCUAUCUAUCUAUCUAUCUAUCUAUCUAUCUAUCUAAUCGUUUAUCUCUAAUUCAUCUGUCAUGCGCUGCUGCCAUGCCGUUCAGAUACUCUGCUUUAUUCCAAUCAGCCUCCACAUCCCUCAGUACCUAUACAUCUACUUAUUUCCCUUUAGCAUCUGUACUUCCCAAUCGUCCCUCGUUCUUUAUGCAACCCUACCUGAUUCCACCCCGUCUUUCCUGCCAUUAUUUUAUGGCUAAUUAUGUCCUCUUGGCCCCGGCCUGUAGGUGGCGCCCUCUUUCUAGUGAAAUCCGUCAGCCAUUUGUCACUAGGAGAAAAAAAGAUCUACCUACCUUCCAAUCUAUCUAUCUAUCUAUCUAUCUAUCUAUCUAUCUAUCUAAUUUUGUCAUAUCGUGGUCUACGUUGCGUAUUCCUUGCUUAUCUAUCUAUCUAUCUAUCUCAGUAGAGGAGAAAAAAGAUCAACCUACCUUUGAAUCUAUCUAUCUAUCUAUCUAUCUAUCUAUCUAUCUAUCUAUCUAUCUAUCUAUCUAUCUAAUCUCGACCUUCUUAAUAUCAAACUAUCUAUCUAAUCUCGACUUGUUCAUAUUUAUCUAUCUAUCUAUCUAUCCUGGACCUAUUCAUAUCUAUCUAUCUAUCUAUCUAUCUAUCUAUCUAUCUAUCUAUCUAUCUAUCUAUCUAUCUCAGUCUUUUCAUAUAUAUCCAACAAUUUUUGCAAUUCUUUUCACAUGUGGAUCGCUCUCGUGCAGACUGUAUGCGUACAAUUCACCUCUAUCCAUUUCUAUCCCUACUUAUUUGUCUCACUGUAUUUCUAUCUCAUUUUUUUUCGAAUCCUUUGCUAUCUAUCUCUGUUCUUGCCGCAUAUCUCUAACCGUUUCACUCUCUCUCUCUCUUUCUCUCUCUCUCUCUCUCUUCACGUCCCCUCGUUACGUAUCUAUUGCUGUUUUUCCGGUUUCUCAUUUUUCUCUCACUUUUCUCACUACUCGUGUCAAUCUCUGUCCAUUUUCUCUCUCUAUCUGUCUCAUUCUAUCGAUACCUAUCAAAUCUCAUAGUACUUAUAUUUAUCACUUUCUAGUCAUAUCUAUCUAUCUAUCUAUCUAUCUAUCUAUCUAUCUAUCUAUCUAUCUAUCUAUCUAUCUAUCCCCCCUCUCACUCUCUCUCUCUCUCUCUAUAUAUAUAUAUAUAUAUAUAUAUAUAUAUAUAUCAUUCUCUUACAAUCUAUUUAAUUCUGUCAUUCUAUAUUUCAUUCUAUUCAUAUCUAUCUAUCUAUCUAUCUAUCUAUCUAUCUAUCUAUCUAUCUAUCUAUCUAUCUCAUUCUAUUAA